GCUCUUUAUGUAACUCUGGCUCGGAACCGCCGAGCUAUGGCUGCGCCGCGGAGACGGCCGGAGGAGAGAGGAGUGGAGCGGAGGGGGAUGAAGGCGACGCGGGGCAGCGAACCGCUCUCCAGCCGGCACCCUUGAGGAACCGCUUAUCGGACAUGGGCACCGAGAGCACGGUCAUGCUGGAGCUUGCGGCCGAAGCCUUCAGCUCCGGGAACUUCGAGCUGGCCGCAGAGAUGUACGGCGGCCAGCUGCGGCUCUCCGGCGAGCCGGACAGCCAGCGGGAGAUGGCGCUGAGGCGGGCGGACGCGUUGGCGCUUGGGGGCCGCCUGGCCGAAGCGUUUCAACUCUACAGGCGAGCCGCCAGGCUGGAGAGGUUGCGGCCGGCGCAGCUGGAGACACUGCUCGACUGCUUGGGCGGCAUCCGGAGGACGGAGAGUGCCUGGGGACGUGCGAGGCGGAAGGCGGCGGGAUGCUUCGCUUGCUCCCUGUGCCUGGGCAUCCUGUCGGAGCCGGUCACGCUGCUCUGCGGACACUCAUUCUGCAAGCGCUGCCUGCACAGGGAGCGGCGGCUAGCGCGCUGCGGGGAAUGCGGUGACGCCUCCCGCCUGUCCGACGUGCGCGGCUACCGGGUCAACGUGGUGCUCAGCAGCCUGCUAGCCAAGUGCUUCCCGAGCCGGCAGCUGGCAGUGCGCCUACGGCACGAAGGCGAUGCGCUGUACGCUGAGAGGCGGCUGGAGGCCGCCUUGGAGAAGUACGAUCAAGCGAUACGAUUAGCUCCGGGGGACCACGUGCUGUUCAGUAACCGCUCACUGAUAAACUCCAGUCUGAGGAACUUGCAAGCCGCACUGCGCGACGCAGAGGCAGCCUGCAGACUGCAACCUGGCUGGGCCAAGGGGCAUCUCAGGAAGGCACAGGCUCUGAGCAGCUUGAGGCAGCCUGAAGAGGCACUUAGUGAAUACCUUUUCUGCAUCGCUCUGGAGCCGGAGAGCAAGCCGGCCAGGUCCGGAGCGCUGAAGUUGCUGAGUGAACUGUUGGCCCCGCUGCCUGAUCGGGUCCAGGAGGGGAUUCCGAACUGCAGCAGCCUGCUGGCGCCCAGGACUGGGAUGAAGGGGGGUGCCUUCCGGGCCUCCGGUCCCUGCACCUGCUGCGGCCUCCUGCACUCCUGCAAGAACCACAAGAAGGGCUGCCCAGCUGAGGUGCCGUCCAGCGCUGGGGGUCAUGGGGGUGAAAGUGGGGACCCCAGCCAGCCUGGCAGCCAGCAUCCUGUUGCCCCCAGCCAGAGACUCCAUCAGAAGCACAAGCGUGGCUCAGAGGAAGAGGAGGGUGUGGGGAGGCACGAGUGGCCUAGCAAACGGCAGAAGUCAGUAGGGGCCCUGCAAGAUGCGGAUGUGUCCCCCCAGGCCCCUGACCUCACCAGUGUGGCUGGCACCGUUGAUGUCGCUGACCUCGAGUGCCCCUUGUGUAUGAGACUUUUCUACGAACCCGUCACCACUCCAUGUGGUCACACCUUCUGCCUGAAAUGCCUGGAGCGAUGCCUGGACCACAACUCCCAAUGUCCCCUCUGUAAGGAAGACCUGUCCGAGUACUUGGCACGGAGGCAGUACUGCAAGACUGUGCUGAUGGAGGGCCUCAUUGCGAAAUACUUGCCGGAGGAGCUGAUCGACAGGCAGAGAGCCAAUGAGGAGGAAAUGGCUGAGCUGUCCAACUUGAACAAGAAUGUGCCUAUAUUCGUGUGUACCAUGGCCUUCCCCACGGUGCCCUGCCCCCUGCACAUCUUCGAGCCCUGCUACCGGCUCAUGAUCCGCAGGUGCAUGGAGACGGGGACCAAGCAGUUCGGCAUGUGCCUCAGCGACUCCCUCAAAGGAUUUGCCGAUUAUGGCUGCAUCCUAGAGAUCCGCAGUGUGGAUUUCUUCGCCGAUGGGCGUUCGGUGGUGGACACGAUCGGGCGGAGGAGGUUCAAGGUCGUCCAGCACCGGGAGAGAGAUGGCUACAACACGGCCGACAUCGAGUACCUCGAGGACAGGAAGGUGGAGGGAGAGGCUGAGGCCGAACUGCGGAAGCUCCACGACGCCGUCUACGACCAGGCCCUGGUCUGGGUCAACUCCCUGAAGCCGGAGCAGAAGGAGAGGAUCGUGGGCCACUUCGGACUCAUGCCCGAGAAGGACUCGGAUCUCCAGGGGAGUCCCAAUGGACCGUCCUGGUGCUGGUGGCUGCUAGCCGUUCUGCCGCUGGAAGGCCGCGCCCAGCUGCCUUUCCUGGCCCUCACCUCCCUGAAGGAGCGGCUGACCGGCAUCCGCAGGGUCCUCCUCUUCAUGUCCCGAGAUCGCUCGCGAUGACCCGGCAGGACGGCUGCUUCCUGCCUCCUCAUCGGACCAAAUCGGACAGCGUUCUGUGUGUAGCUACCAUUGGCCGACCAUCUAUACUGUAUCAGCCUAUCGCUGUUUGGGAGAAGGCCUCCACAUGGAUUUUACUCGCUAUAGACUGUGUUUUUCAACCUACGUGCUUUAAAAAGGACACACAUUUUUUUAAAAUCUGUUUUGUCUGUCGUUUUCUUCAGUUGAAUGACUAAUUCUGUGUCUGAUUGCUGUGUGGCAGCCCUUAAAUAUGCAUCAUAUACUCUGUGGCCCUGUGGCUGCCCAUAUCCCUUCCUGCAAAAGGAGGAAGUGAUGUAAAUGUCCCUCCCCCUCUUUCUGCUGCCACUGAAGUGUCCGCAGUUGCAUGUGAAAGGCAUGCAGACAUUCUCGGGCCUAUAGUACUGAAGCGCUUAGGAGCCGGGUUGGGCAGUGUCACCUGGCCUGAAGCCCCAGCCACUCACAAACAGAAGUGAGAUCUGUUUAAAAAUGUGCUUUCUCGCGAUCUACGUGAACUUUUCAUAAGGGAAUGAUGGCAAGGGCUUCAAAGGCAGGAAGAACAGUGACAGCCUCAAGUAAAGAGUAGCCGCACCCUAAUGCUCGUGUGCAGAUGAGGGGCCUCCGCUUUCACUUUAUUAUAUGCCUCUGCUUUUUUUGCCAGAACCCUCCCGUUUCUUCCAGAAUGUUCCGGCAUAUGUUAUCAUGGCCCUGCAUUAUGCUGGCAUAGUUUGCGGCCAUUUUGAAGUUAACUUUUAAUCCCACAUAUCAGCAUGUCUAGGGUCUCAUCGCUGUGGCUGUCCUGCGUGGCCCCCAUCCCCCACAGUGUGAUCCACGCCACUGCUCUCCGAGGCCCAGAACCCACAUUGGUUUGUUCAUGCACAGUAGCCAAAAAGGGACGGACCGGGUCUCGGUGGGGCGGGUACAGGCGGGACCGGGGUUUGGUUCUGUUUGUCCAGGGAGAGCUCUUGCCCUCCCCAUCAGCUGUGAAUCGGCUCACUGACCCGCUGCUCUCCCUGACCUUCUGGCAUCUGGCGUUCCUGAUUUUCCAGUAAAACCAGAGAGCUUGCACCCCUCCCUCCCAACCCCAACUGUUUUCUUUUUUUGGAGGGGCAUAUAUGGGCUUAGGUUUGAAGCUUCCGAAGGGGUCGUGUGGUUUUGUUUCUGUACCGCAGUGUAACACACUGACCCUGCCCUACCCUUGGUACAGACAGGGAGUUUCCCUCUAAACAGUUUGACUGUGUUUGAUGCCUCUCCGGUGGCUAAAUGGAGUUUGAUUUCCACCAGGAACACCCUGUUCUGGUCACCGUUUCUCGCUCUGUGAAUAUCUUGUGCCUUAAGCUGAAUUUCUUCCAUGAUGCUCACACCAGGCAAUAACUGCAGAAAGUAGCAUCUCCACAGUUCAUAGGGAAUGACUUUUGUCUUAAUGAUUUUUUUAUUUUUUUUUGCUUUCAGAGAUGAGACCCAAUUUAACGAUAUAAAAUGCACUUAUGUCGUACGGAUUAUGAAACUCAAUCCCUAAUAGUACCAUAUCUAUUCUGGUUCUACUUAUCGUGGAUGUUCUCCUUUCACCAAUGGAGAGCCCAAAUGUAACCUAAUUUCAGUUUAAAAAAAGCAAUAGUUAAACUUUUGUUAAAUUGGGUCUGAUGUUACAUUUGCUGCAGGUUCUGUUACUGGAGUCAGAAAAGUCAGGAGUCCCAGACCCAAAAGCUGGGGAGAGCUGUGAAGGAGCUCUGGAAUUUAUAGGAGCACAAGCUUCUCUGCCGUCCGUCGGUCUGCUGAGCUGACCUGUGAAACCUUCUCCUGACUUUUCUGGAUCCAUCUGGUUAUCCUGCACUAGUAUCUACGUUGACCUACCUCCUUGACAGCUGAAUUUCGUUCUUCCACUGAAAAAUGCUUAAAAAAAAAAAAAAAAUUGAUUUUGGGUGUUUGUAUUUAUACAGUAGUGACUCUAAUUUCUUACUGUCAUUGUUGUGUGAAGUUGCCUCUCUGUACAUCUGUUUACAGCGACCUGAAUGUAUGUUACUUCUCUCUGUCGUUUAGCCAGUGCUGCGUUACAUGCUGUACAUAUUACACUAAAAUAAAGUGUUCGUUCUGUC